UUGGCAGUCCAUAGAACAGAGGAGCACAACAGAGCAGAGCGAUCCAUCACGCACCAACCCCAACGCCUUCCUCACGCCCUCACCUUCUCCUUCUCCUUCUCCCUCCCUCCGCUCCUGCACACCUUCCCUCCGCUCCCGCUACCCGUGCCGCCGCACAUCGCCAUCAUCGUCGCCAUCCCCCGGAGGCAAGGAAAAGGCGCUUUCCCGAGCACGAGCAGGAAAAAGAUCUGGUCGCUUUACGCUUCUCCUCCGCGCCCCAUCAAUCAUCGACCAAUCAUCGCCAGUCCCGUGGUUUCUGCUGCUGAGCUAGGAACAAAGGGCGCCGGCGGGGGAUACAAGUCAACGCCGGCGGCAGAUCGAUGGGGUCGUUCAAGGGGCACGUGCUGCCGGGGACGCUGUUCCUGGCGGUGGGCGCGUGGCACGUGUGGGCGGCGGUGGCGCGGUUCGCCACGGACCCGGCGAGGUUCCGCCUCCGCGUGUGGAACCCCGUGGGCGGUGGCGGGGCGCUGCGGCACCUGGAGCUCUACGUCGUCGCCGGGGGCGCCUUCCUGGACAUGUGCGUGGAGGUGCUCUACUCCACCCACCUCCGCAUAUUCGCGCCCGGCGGCGGGGUCAACCCGGCGCACCUCAACGACCUCGAGCACGGCGGCAUGCUGCUCAUGUUCUUCCUCUUCGGCGCCCUCGCCCUCCUCUCCCAAAACACCAGGUACCUGCCCCUGACGGAGGCCGCGCUGUGCCUGCUCGCGGCGACGGCCUUCACGGCCGAGCUGAUGCUCUUCUACUUCCACUCGACCACGCACCAGGGGCUGGAGGGGUACUACCACUACCUCCUCGUCGUGCUCAUCGGGCUCUGCGUCGCCUCCACCGUCCUCGGCGCGCUCCUCCCGGCGAGCUUCCCCGCCGACCUCGCCAGCGGCGUGCUCAUCACCCUGCAGGGCCUGUGGUUCUACCAGACGGCCUUCACGCUCUACGGGCCGAUGCUCCCGGAGGGGUGCCGCAGGGACGCCGGCGCGGAAAUCGAGUGCCACGGGCACGCCGCCGGGGAGCGCGCGGAGCAGCUCGCCGACUUCCAGCUCUUCACCUGCGUCUUCCUCGUCUUCGCCUACGCCCUCGGCUGCUACGCCGUCGCCGCCGCCAAGUACGGCCACCCGGACCUGAGGACCGGCGAGAUGGAGCACCGGGAAAAUGGUGGAUUCGUUGGCAGCUCGGCGCUGGCUAGUGGCAUAUGAACGAUGCUGACAUAACAACUGCUCUGAUUUUUGCCAUUGUCGUCUUGUUGGGUUCGGUAGAGUACACGCGACAAGCACAUCAUUGAGGGGCUGUCAUUUGGCACAAGAUUAGAGAAGGGAUGUACAUUGUGGCUAGUUAAUUACACAGCAAAAUCACGGAUCAACGUUUCUUAGUAGUUUUACUGUCAAGAAGGUUAUUGCACUUUUUUA